AUGCCCUUGCUCUCACUAGUCUGCGUGAUCAGUGGCGCCGCCCUCUUCUUGUCUCGAUUCCUCUUCAUAAGGCGUCCAAAACAACUCCCACUUCCCCCAGGACCCCCCGGCGCCCCUCUUGUGGGGAACCUCUUUCAGGCGCCCAAGCGAAACCCCUGGGAAAAGUACGCAGAAUGGAGCAAGAAAUACGGCCCCCUCAUGACGCUCAAGAACGGCAACGCCAUCACCAUUGUCGUCACCUCAUACGACAUCGUGUUCGACCUCCUCGCGAAGAACAAUCACGUUUUUAGCUCCCGGCCCCAGCCCAUCGUCAUCGAGCGCAUCGGAUUGGGCAUGACAACCUCGUUCCUUCCAGACGGCGAUAAAUGGCGGCAUCACCGUAGCCUGCGCCGCGCCGUUCUCUCGCCCGCCAUGGCGAAGAAGUAUCGUGGGGUGCAGAGCCUCGAGAGCCUGCAGCUUCUGAAUGAGCUGCGGAGUAGCGCCGACUUCUCACAGUGUCUUCGCCGCAGCGCAGUCAGUCUCUUCCUCGUAAUUGCCUACGGCAAGCGCCUCCCCGUCGAGACGCCCGAGGUGCUCGAGAUGGAGGACACCGUCGCGCACAUCGGCGCCGUCAGUGAGGCCUGCUUCCGGGGUACGGAGAUCCUCGCUGAGUUCUUCCCGAUCCUCAAGCUCCUCCCCGGCAACGGGGCAUGGAAGAAAAAAGCCGACCGCAUAUCGUCCUGGUACACUGAGCUAUACCUCAAGCGCUUCCGCGAGGCCCUCAAGCUCCCGUCGUGGAACUGGGCCAAGCAGUAUGAUACCACAAAGAAUGCCAAGGGCAUGGCGGAGAUUGAGCUUGCCUACUGCAUCGGGUCCGUCUACGAGGCCGCUCUGACGCCCUACGAACUCGUCCGUCUCGUAUUUCUGUGCGCCGUGUUUCACCCGGAAGAGACGGCCAAGAUGCAACGGCAGAUCGACGAGGUCGUCGGCCGCAAUCGUCUGCCAACAUGGGAAGACGCCGACAAGCUCCCCCUCGUGAGCGCCUUCUACCGCGAGGCGCUCCGGUGGCGUCCCUGGACGCCGCUCGCAACCCCCCGCGCAACAACCGAGGAGAUCACCUACAAGGGGUACCGUAUCCCCAAGGACGCAACAGUGAUCAUAAACCAGUGGGCGCUGGACCGGGACCCGGCAAUCUUCGGGGACCCCGAGGCCUUCCGUCCCCAGCGGUGGCUGGAUAACCCAGACCUCCCCCACGUGCGGUAUGGAUACGGCCAUCGGGGAUGCCCGGGCCAGCACGUCGGCAAGGACUACAUGUUCAUCAAUAUGGCUCGAUUGUUCUGGGCGUACAAUGUCGGCUACGCGUAUGAGGGUGGGAAGAAGGUGGACUUGGACUUUGAGGCUAUGAUGGACCCGCGCAAUGAGAUUUCGUUCUUCAACCAGGUUCCGGAUUUUAGGGCCUCUUUGACUAUAAGAGAUGCCCAGUCCGAGAGGCUGGUUGAGCAGGAGUGGCUGACGGCCGAGAAGGAUGAGCAGAAGCUGCUGGCCGAAGUUGAAGUUCUGGAUUUUACCAAGUAG